AUGCUCCAUGAAGUCCUCCUCUCCCUCGCCGGCCAUCCGUCCCCGCUCCUGCGGUCCGAUCCCUCAGCCGCCAAUGCGGAUAAGCACCCCGCCGCAGGCGAUGCGACGACCACCUCCGCUGUCUUCACGCCGCCAGAGCGGGAGCUCCUAGCAUCCGUGUCGCACCUCAGCGGCCUGCACAUCAAGCUGCGGAGCCACACGGCCCAGAUUGCCGUUUCGCACCCUUCGACCAUAUGCCGUGCCGUUGCCGCCUCGAUCAGCUCUGUCCAUCUCGCCGCAUUCCAGCGCAAGGUCCUCGAGGUUGAGGAUUCAGUGCUGCGGCGAGAUGCCUCGCUCGUCGGGGCUUACAACAUCGUGCCUUUGACCGCCGUGGUCGGUGAAUUCUCGGACUGGACGAGACGCAUGGAGUGGCUGUGGGAGAUUGUCAAGUUUAUGCUCUCGGCAAGCACGGAAACAAAGGUUGGAAAGCAGCGUGGCGCGGCGGCAGGGACCGCAGCAUCCCCCGUGCCAUCUCCAUGUACCGGCGCCAGCAUCAUGGACAAGCUGCGUGGUGAGCUGCAGACUGGCUACUUGGACAUCGAGACCACCGCCGCGAGCUUGGUAGCGGUUGCUGAGACCGCCUGGCUGAAGCAGGUCUCCGCAUGGAUUUUGUACGGUCGGCUUCCAACCUUUGGCAGUGGGGAUUUCUUUGUGCAGAGGGCCUCGGAGGAAAGCGAAGAGGACUUCGUUUGCGAACACUCCUUACUCCCCUCGUUUGUCACGCCAUCAACUGCAUCCUCGAUGCUAUUUAUUGGCCUAUCGUUGAAUCAGAUUCGGGCAAAAAGAAUGGAUUCCUCUGGUCUAAGCUUGCACGACACUCAUCAACUGUCAUCGCAGCUUUCCGAACUCUCCAAACUCCAAUUUCCUCUAGACAGUGCUGCUCUUUCACGGACCAUCACUGGCAUAAGACUGUUUCUGUCCAAGAAUAUUCUCCUAAAAUUCCUGCCACUGGCCAAAGUUCUUGAGAUCCUACAGCUGCUGAGAGACUUCUUCCUGCUCGCCCGAGGCGAGUUUGCCAUGGCCUUGUCACAGCAAGCGGACGAGAAGUUGCGCAGCCGAUGGCGCAAAACAGACAACCUCAACCAUGCUUAUGGAAAGCAGGAUGGCCUAGGAAACGCUAUGCUCAAAGAGGGCGAGGUAAUGCAGAUACUUGCGCGCACGUGGACGGCUUUGGGUUCCUUGCAGGGCCAGCACGCCGAAGAAGACGAGGGGCUUGAGUUGGCAAGGGACAUCAUGCGCCUCACGCUGGCAAAAACGAGGCCAUCGACACCAGCUACACCCCAUGCCACACCAGCCGCGACUGAAUAUCCCUACGGAAUAUCCAGUACACCUUUUCGCAACCUCCUUCUCUCCGUGCCAGCCGUGCUCACAUUACACAUCCCCUCUCCUCUCGAUCUUUUUCUGAGCCAAUCAGACCUCCAAACUUAUACCCUGAUCAACUCUUAUCUCCUCUCGAUACGGCGAGCACAUCUGAGGCUCACGGAUCUGUGGAAGAUCUCGGCCCUCAGGAGACAUUGGCCACCGCCCCCGCGGCCACCCCAGGCAAGCAGAGGCGCUGGUCGCGCGAGAACGCAGCUACUCCGGACUCGACACAACGAGCGGUCGAAUGCGUUGCGCAGCGCAUGGGCCAACACCAGCGCUGCCAUAUUCUUCUUGGCUGAAACAGAGGCGUACCUGCAGACUGAGGUGGUGGCAGGGCUGUGGGAGGGUUUCCAAAACUGGCUGCUCACUGGCAGCGACAGAGUGCAUCAGGACGAUGGCAAAGUUGGUAGGCACAACCGGCAACCUUCGCUCAAAAGCUCAGCCCAAGACGAAAUGGACGUGGAUGCCGACGAGCAGCAAGAAGAUGAUAUCUGGCUCGCUUCUGCAUCGGACGAAAAUAACGCGGCGACAGGUGACAUACCGCAGCGCCGACCACACGACCCGCAGACUUUGGCCACCGCACACCGACUGUACCUGCGAAUCCUGGCCAGGCGCAUCCUCCUGGUAAACCAGUCCUUCACAGACGUGCUAUACGAGCUCCUAGUCAACGUCGACCACCUCGUUGCGCUGGUCCACCGCCUGAACGGGGUGUGGACGUCUGUGGACCUCGAGGUGGACUCUGGCGUGGUCGAUGCAUUCGUCGAUCUCGAACGUGAAGAAGCAGACAUCCGCAACGAGAUCAUUGCCGUUGAGGGGCGCGUCAGGACCGGCGUCGAGGCAUGCAUCGGGGAGUUGAGGGACGCAGAGGCUCUCCACGACGGUGACGGCGACGUCGAUGACGUGGCACUCAUGGAGCUGGGGGAGUACGUCCCGCGCCGGGUCGGCGGGGUGGACAGGCUGUUGAUGAAGCUUGAUUUUGGCACAUGGUUCCGGACCGGACGUGAUGUCGCUCAGGCUUCUGACGAAGACGAAGAGAUGGAAUCAUAA